AUGCCUCCACCUUCAUCCUAUAUGAAUUCCUCCUCCCAACAACCACCGAUGAUGAAUCCGAACACAAACGCUUCUGCCUCACAACAACCACCACCACCGAUGAGCAAUUAUCCGCCCAAAAGAAAUUACGGAACGUAUAAUAACUCGUAUGGACAACAACAUCAUCACCAUCAUCAACACGGAAAUUCUCCGUAUUACCAUCAUCAAGGUGGAUACUCUAGGAAUUAUAAUAAUUAUUACAAUAAUAAUUAUAAUAGGGGUUCAUACGGACCACAACAUUAUCAUGCACAUUCGUACAAUGAGACUACUGGGCAUCAUCCGCCACCACCUCCUCCUCCAUCCUCUGCUUCGUCAUCUUUACCAACCGAUAACAUCCCUUCAUCCACAACUCCGCCUUCAACGAAUGCUCCAUCAACACCAAACAAAAUCGAUGCACCCUCUUCGAAUUACAACAAUUCUCCUCCAAGCAAUGUGAACAAUGCCAAUUUGAAUUCUCCAAACUCCAGCUCAUCCUCAGCUCCCUCUUAUGGAUACUCAAGAAGAUUCAGGUCAACAAAUGAUCAAAUGCCAUAUCAUUCUGGAUACCCGGACAAUUCUUUCAAUUACAACAGAAAAUAUGAUUCUUCUUACUACGAUCAUCAUCAGCCUCAAUAUAGAAAUGAUGACAUGGCAUCUUACGGUAGAGGAGGAGCACCUCCUUAUUAUUCCCAUCGAAAAUCAGCAGGCUACAAGUACAACAAUUAUUACAACACUAACAGUACUAGUGGACAUUAUUACCAUAACAAUCCUCCAACAUCAAGCUACAGAUCUAGUGAUGAAAUUCAGGUGUCUCCACCUGUCUUAAAGCAACAAUCAGCUAAGGAAGCUCCACCACAAUCCGACAUGUCAGCCAACCUUUCUCCACCGCCAUCAACAUCGUACCCUGAUAAGUAUGCACCAUCCUCAUCAAUGUAUAGGAAUAGUGAGUUGUCACAAUCGAGCUCCGAUUAUCGAUAUCCAUCUCCCCCAUCUUCACGUCAACAUUUUAACAGCAUUCCACCGCCACCACCUUCUUCCAUGGAUACCAACGCAAUGGUUGACGAAGAGGAACCAAUGCCCACCAGAGCUAAAACUCAAUCUCCUCCUUAUGUUCCAGUUAACACUCCUCCUUCACAAUCCUAUGAUUCUUCCUAUCAGUCCACUGGCGGAGACAUUCGAAGACCAUAUCCCAACACAUAUUAUCCUUCAAGAGGAGGAAGUCGUGAUUACUAUACUGAAGGCAAUACACGAAGUUCUUACCCUCCUCAAGAUUCUCAUAUGAGAUAUGCAUCUCCAACAAAGUCAACCUAUUACAAUACUUCAUAUGAUAACGGUAAUAGGAAUGCUCCCGCAUCAACAACCGAGUAUUACAACAAUAUGAAACAACAAGGUCCAUGGAGUUCAAAUUCAUACAGAAAUGACAAUUAUAAUAAUUAUUCAUACUAUCCCAAACAUAAUAGCAGCUCGUCAUCUCCAUAUCCAAAUUCGUCAUCUACCAAUUAUUCCCAAUCAUCAUCGGCCGAACCAGCCGUUCCAUCUUCUUCACAAAGCGUCAGCACAACUAGCAAUGCAGGAAUGGUCACAAACUCGAACAAUAACUAUCCUCCAAAUAAUUCAAACUAUUCACUUUCUUCUCCCAAGAAUCAACUCUAUGUUGACACCUCAAAUCGAUACAAUUCAGCACAAGCUAAUUUUAAGACCUCACCUUCACCAGCAAAGAUUCCCUACAAACAACCAAGUUCAGCAACAAGUGGUCACUACUUGUCACAACAAAAUGCAUUCCCAACUUCAGCAUCUUCGUCUCAACCUCCUUCCACACCAAACAGCAGCCUUUCAACACGAAGUAACAUGCUGAGUGGAUCUUCUUCUAGUGGACCAGGAAGCCACUAUAGCUCAUCCGGUAUGGCAUUCCCUGCCGCAAGUCAAGGUUCUGCAAUUUCUGAGCCUCAACCAACAAUUAUUUGGGAAUAUAAUGAUGGAGCUGGAACAUACAAGUAUUUUGAUACACAAACACAAAAACGCUACAUUAAGGUUAAAGAGGAUGAUCAACUAGAAAUACUCUAUGAAACUCUUGACAAAAUACGAGAAGAAAAACGUCAAAUCACAGAACGAUAUUUUGAAACACAGAAAAAGUCUCUUCAAACAGAUUAUCAUUUAAUGUUGUCUGAAGUAGAAGUAGAGGCAUCUCAAAACCUUUUAACCAAGAACACCGCGAACAAUAACAAGAAUACAUCGAGUGGAAAUCAUCUGAAUGACUCUUCAGAAUCAUCCACAACCAUGGCCACUCCCAUUACCUCUCAAAGCACCAUUCCUGAAAGCAACUCCAUGGGUAUGAUUUCGGUGCCCUCAGAGAAUGAUCUGAUUGCAUCACCUUCUAAUGUCCAAUAA